UGUGAGCUUCAGGGGCUCAGGCUGGCAGUUUCCAUUGAGUGGGACUUUCUGAGCUGCUUGUAAUUUCACUUUCAGAAAAUGAACCUGAAGCAGGGCUAUGGUCACAUGACCAGUGGCUGGGAAUAAAGGCAGCCCCUUCCUUCUUUCCUCUUGACUCUUGCUUCCAGAUUUGUAGGUCACAGCCCAGAGGCAUAGAGUGUCCUUCCUGCGGCCAAGCCUCCAAAGAGGAAACUCCCAACUUCUGCAGCACAGGCCACGCCCCCACACACAGCCCCUGCACUGGACUCUGAGAACAACCCAAAGGUGACGUCCAUCCCUGAGGGGGAGAUGGAGAGGAGCCAAGAGCUGAAGGAGGACGGUGGUGCUCCCAGCCAGCCCAGCCAGCCGCUGGGCGCGGGUACGAGGCCUGGUGGCCGCAGAGGGUCUCUGCAGGGCCAGGCUGCAGGGAGAGCAGAGGCCUCAGGAGACAAGUCUUCAGGCAGCUCGGCACCCCAGGAUCAGACCAGAGGAGGUGCCCCCCGAGGAGGGAAGGACCAGGAGGGGGCCGGCCCCACUGCCUCUGCCAGAUGGAAAGAAGGUGUUGCCCAGGAGCUCCCGCUGCCCAUGCCACAGGGGGGCCCCUCAGAGCCCAGGAAAGACCCGCCAGCCAUCGGGCAGCAGACGGGGCCCCCUGCCUCCAGGGAAGCCAAAACCAAACACAAGAUUGCCAUUUCUGGGAGGAAAGCCAAUCCAGGAAACCCAAAGGAGCCUGAAAGGGGCCAUAGGAGCAACACGGCUGCCCUGAAGGACAAAGACCAGAAGGAGCGGAAAGCUGAUGCUUGGGAAGUUCCAGUGAGCCCCUUAGGCCCCGGGGAGGGGGUCAGAGUGUUCUUCCACGCCAUCCUUUCCAAGGACUUCGGCUUCGACCCUGACCAGCACCAGAUAUUUGUCCGGGGUGGAGAAGAGCUGGGGAAACCAGAAUGGAGCAUCAACGUGUGCGAGCUGCACAUCACCAAAACCUUAGAACAGGUCGGGGCCCUCAUUGAAGGCUGUGCCCUCCUUUCCAAGCGGCUCCUGGACAGACCCGUUCCAUACAAGUAUGUGGUCAUAGGUAACAAAGGCUCUGUUCAGUAUGAGUUCAUCGACAAGCCGCAGGACAAGGAGAACAAGCAUGUCAACCGCUGCCUGCACCUGAAGUCAUCGCUGCUGGGCUCAGGAGGCUGGCAUCAGUAUGAUGACAUUAUAUGCAUGAAGUCCACUGAAAUCAAGGAGCAAGGCCUGAAUUGUGCCAAGGAAUGGAAGGGGAAGGAGGUGGUAAAAAGGAAGAAGCAGGCAGCCUCCAUCAUGCUGGACCAUGUCCUCAGCAUCCUGCAGACAUGGAGCACCAUCAACUUGAACAGCUUCUUCAUGCAGUUCCGCCAGUUCUAUUCUGUCGUCAGUGAGCCCAUGGUCUACAAGGAGCAGGCGCAGACCUGGACCUCCCCGCAUUACACAAAGAAUCAGGUGGGGCAAUACCUGUGGGAGUGUUUGCAAAAGCACAUGGCACUGUUACUGGAGAAGAGCGAAGACCCUCUGCCCACGGACUUUCCCGUGAGGAGUAAACUGAGGAUGGGCCUGAUCGCCCUGCACGUGGCCGCAGAGCUGAAGCUUUCCCUCUCCAAGCGUGACCUGGGCACCCUGUGUGGCCUCCUGUGCACCAACCCCAGUUCCCCCGGUGACCUCUUCGACGACCUCAGCCUCAUCUUUAGAACAUCUCAGAGGUGGCGAGAGUACCUGGUGAACCUGUGUGGAAGGAGCAUUGACCAGGGGGUGGACCUCUGGGUGGGCACCCUGCCCGUGCUCCACCUCUGCAUGGGGCCACUCCUCCCAGGACGGGAGCCCCGGAUUCAGCCUGAGAACAUCUGGGCAGCCCUCGAAGGAAUCUCUUUCUCAGAGUUUCGGGAGAAAAGGGCACAUGAGAAGCAAUUACUCCAGCUCAUGGUAGAGAAGAAAUAUCUGCUGAGUGUGGAUGAAGACCUGUUCCAGUCCUGGUUCAGUCUGCUGCCUCUGAGCAGCCUGGCUGCCUACCUGCAGGAAUUCUCUGACUACCUGACUUGCUUUCCAGCGCGUGUCCUGGACUGUCUGCUGGGGACCUACUACCGGCUUCAAGAACUUAAAGAUGUCAACAAAAACCUGGAGGACAUUGACAAAACUUUAAAAAUGCUGCUGCACCUGCUCGUUACCUUUCAGGACAAGGUUCUCCAGGAGCCCUUGGUGCCGUCCUACCUGACCGUGUGCCUGAAGCUGCACGAGGCCGUCUGCGAAUUCACCAAAGGCCAGAUGACUCACGAGCUGCCCCCCUUAUCUGCGGAGAUCGUCUGUAUCAUCAUCAGGCUGAAACCUAUAGUGGACUCCGAGGAAGAGCCGGGAAGUGACACUGGGAUGAGGAUCUCAGUGAGGAGCGUGGCCCAGGGAGUCCUCGCUGCCACGAGAGCGUGGUUUCGGAGAACCUUCAAGCAGCGCAUCUUCUGCAAUUCAAAUGACUCUUCUGUCAGGUUCACCUACAGCGAUGAGAUCCAGGUGUGGCGGCGGCUGGUGGAGAUCCACUUCCCCGAGGAACACGGCUGGAAGGAGUCCUUGCUGGGGGACCUGGAAGGAAGGCUCAAGCAGGAGAGGCCGCUCUCCCAGAUCUCCGCCUACUGCAGCACUGGCUGGGCAACUGCGGGCGCCGACGAUAGCGUGUCCAAGUGCUUCGAGAAAUGUGCCAUUGAAGCUGUAGGCUUGGCCUGCCAGUCACAGGCCAGCAUUCUGGAGGGACUCUCUCAGAGCAACCUUCAGAGAUUCGGGAUCCUCGCGUCCGCUGUGGUCACCAAGUCCUGGCCCAGGUGCAACGGGGAGGCCGUGGACGACUUGGCUGAGGUUCUGAAAUACCUACUCACGUGGCCAGAUGCCAAGCAUCUCUUCAAACUGUACAGAACCAACGAGAAAAUACUAGCGCACAUCACGGAGGAUGGCAAGAAGCUGAUGGCCACGGCAGACUCGGUCCUCACCAAGGUGGCCGAGGCCCUCCUCAGCCGCACGGUGUUGGUGGAACAGCUGCAGCUGAUCAGGAAUCACAUGACUCAGUUUCUUGACAUCUGGGAGCUCAAGAGAAAAAGUCUUUCACCCCAGGAGGAAAUAUACGAUAUGAAGAACGUGCUGGACUCCAGAUGGAAAGAACUACAAUUUCUACAGAAAGAGCAGAGCCGGGUGGACAGUCUUCUGAAGCUGUGCGAGAGGGUGAAACACUGGGUGAAAGUGGACUGCAGAAAGAUUGCCAAGAAACACGCAGAAGACCUGGGCAGGAAAUGCCUAAAUGAGGCCGUGAUGGCGAGUCCAUCCCCCACCUCCUUAGACAUGGAGUGGGUAACGCACUACAACCUGAGCGCCCACGUUCAAGAAAUGGCCACAACAAUAGACUUGCUCAAGGACAGUCACAUCUUCCGGACCUUCUGGGCAGAGGCCGCCCGGGCGCUCCUUCCGCCAGAGGAGGAGGAGGCACGGGGAGGGCCGCUUGUGGACAUUGAAGAUGUGUAUGAUGACCUGUACCUUCCUUGCUUCAACAAGUUCAGGAAACUGUAUGAGGACCUGAAGUCGGGCGAGCUCACCUUCGGGGAAGUGCACACCAUCUUCGGCGUCUUUGUGAAUAAAUAUGACGAACUCACCUUUGACCUCAGAGUCAUGUGUGCCCUGGACCCCAGCGACCCAAGCGAUUGGAUCCAGGAGCGAAUGGGGCAGGUCAGGGAAUACCACCACCUGCAUCUGUCUGCCAAGGCAGCCAAGGUCAUCUUGGAGGUCAAAGAGACCUUGGGCCUGACCGGGGACUUCAGUCUUCUCCACUUUGUACUAAGAAUCACCGAAGCUUCUGAGAACUCUUGCCAUGAAAAACUGGGCCAGAUCGACAGGCAGGUCAUCAGUACCAACAAGCUGCUGCGGGACAUGAACGAGGCCCGGUGCCAGUGUCUGCUGGAGCUGGCCCUGGCCAGGGAGUUCGUCCACUGGGUCCGGGAGGCUGUCAAAGGCAUCAACGAGCUGAAGGUGUUUGUGGACCUGGCGUUCAUCUUCGCGGGGGAGAAUGACAUGGACAUGGACCGCGUAGCCUGCUUCCACGACGCCAUCCAGGGCUACACCGCUCUGCUCUACAAGCUGGACAUGAGCGCAGAUUUCCAUGCAUUCACGGGACACCUGAAGGAGCUGUGGAAGGCUCUGGAAAAUGACCCACACCUGCCCAGUAAACUGCGAGACUCUGCCAGGGACUUGGGGUGGCUGAAGCAGGUGAAGGAGAGCCAUGGCUCAGUAGAGCACUCGUCGCUGUCACUGGCCAGAGCCAUCAACACCAGGGGCAUCUAUGUGAUCCAGGUGCCCACUGAGCUCCAGCAGAUCUCCCCAGACACUGCUCUAUAUCUGCUCCUCCCCGAGAGCAGUGCGGAUGGCCAGGAGCAGCGCAGGUGCUCCCUGGAGGAGCUGAAGGAGCUUCUGAAUAAGUUGAUGCUCAUGUCUGGCAAGAAAGACCACAACAGUGCCGAGGCGCAGGUGUUCUCCGAGGUGUUCUGCAACGUGCAGAGGCUCCUGCAGGCCUUCCUGAACCUGUAUUCUGCUGGAAGCUUCCUGUUCCGGGCCUGGAAGGUUGAGGUGCACUGCUGCCCGGGGCUGGCCGAGCCCGUGCAGAUGAACUUUGGGCUGCCACUGCUGGAGCCGCUGCGGGGGCACGCGCCCCUGGUCCCUCUGCUGGAGGCGCUGUGCAGGCAGAUGGAGCACUUCUUGGACCAGUGGGAGGGGUUUUUGGCGCAGAAGCGAGCAGAGCACUUUCACCUCAACUACUACACAGCGGAGCAGCUGGUGCACCUGAGCACAGAGCUAGCCAGGCAGCCUCCCAGCGCCUGCGCUGCUGUCCUUGCCAUGCUGUCCUUCGUCAAACGCCAGUGCACCCUGCAGGAUGUCGUGGAGGCCUUCAGGAGCCCAGAUGACGAUGGCAAUGGCGAUGGCAGGACUGCCACACAGGAGCUGCCGACAGUGGUGGAGAGAUUGCCCAUCCUGCUCAGCAAUGAGUCCGGCCUGGUGGACAAGCUGGGGGUCAUCAUGGAGCAGUUCCUGGGGUGCACACGUGCCUUCCUGCCCCACUGCCUGGACCUGGAGGCCCUGGGCCGUGGCCUGGCGCACCUGGCUGCCAUGGGCGGGCCCCCGGUGAUGCGGGCGCUCCCUGGAGGCCUGCAGGCUGGCCAACCCAACCUCAUCGUCUGCAGCCACUCAGACGUGCUGCCGGCUGCCCUGGCCAUCUACAUGCAGAGCCCGGAGCAGCCGCUGCCCACCUACGACGAGGUGCUGCUGUGCACCCCAGGUACCACCUUCGAGGAGGUGGCGUUGCUGCUUCGCCGCUGCCUGAGCCCAGGCGCCCCCGGCUGCCGCGUGUACAGCCUGCUGUUCGCGGACCAGCUGAGCUACGAGGUGGCCUGCCAGGCGGAGACGCUGCUCCGGGCCCUGUGCACCCGGCCGCACCGGGAGGACUUCCAGCUCGUUCUGGUCUGCGACUGCGAGCGGGAGCACUGCUACCUGCCCUCGGCCUUCAGCCAGCACAGGGUCCCCGCCACCCCCCGGGCACCCCUCGAGGACACCCAGGCCUACCUGGCGCACCACUACCAGGUCCCAGAGGGGACCCCAUCGGCCGCCGCCGCCUUCAGGGACCGGAUGUGUGUGAGGAUCGUGGCCUCGGCGAGAGCGGGUGUCGGAAAGUCUCUCUACGUGAAGAGAUUGCAUGAAACUCUGAAAAUGAAGUUUACUGGGGAAAACGUGCCUCUCAAAAUUAUUCGACUGAUUGACCCUCAGGUAGAUGAGAACCAGGUCCUGGGCUCCCUGCUGCCUUUCCUGGGCGCCAAGUACCAGGCGAGCCCCGUGAUAUUCCACCUGGACGUGACCUCCUCGGUGCAGACUGGAAUCUGGGCGUUUCUCUUCAAGCUCCUGGUGCUACAGCACUUAAUGGACUCAAACGGGAAAAUGUGGCUUCGGAGCCCGUGCCACUUAUACGUCAUCGAAAUCCUGGAAGGGCAACCGGCGCUGCCUAAGAGGUCUUCAAAGUUGAGGACACGUGUUCCCCUGUUCAGUCUUCUUGACAUCUUCCCAAAAGUCACCUGCAGGCCCCCCAAAGAAGUGAUCUACAUGGAGCUGAGCCCCGAGCGGCACCUCGAGGAGCCGGGCAUGGACCCCACAGAGUUCUGCAGCGAAACCUUCCAAAGACCUUUCCAGUAUCUGAAGCGGUUCCAUCAGAAACAGAACCUGGACACGUUCCAGUACCAGAAGGGCCAGGUGGAGGGCACCCCCCAGGAAUGCCUGCAGCACCUGCUCUUCUACUGUGGGGUGCUUGAUCCCUCCUGGGCAGAGCUCCGCAACUUCGCCCUCUUCCUGAACUGCCAGCUCAGGGACUGUGAGGCCUCCACCUUCUGUGACUCCGCAGUGGUUGGGGACAUACUGAGGGGCUUCAAGAAUUUUGUGGUGACAUUCAUGAUUUUCAUGGCAAGAGACUUCGCCACCCCAACGCUGUGCAUGUCAGAUCAGAGCCCUGGGACGCAGGCAGCUGCCAUGGACGGGGUCACUGAGGAGGACAUAGCCCCGUUCUCUCUCCGCCGGCGGUGGGAGUCAGAGCCACACCCAUACCUGUUCUUCAACGGGGACCGCACGUCCAUGACCUUCAUUGGCUUCCACCUGGAGCCCAAGCAGAAGGGCACAUUGGAUGCCAUUGACCACGUGAGUAAGAAAGUGAUCAAGAGGGAUGUCAUGAAUAAAGACCUGUACCGGGUGCUGCUGCGGCAGGGUGUGCCCUUCAACGUGGACUUCGACGCGCUGCCCAGGCAUGAGAAACUAGAGCGGCUCUGCCUGGCACUGGGGAUCCAGCAGCCCGCGGACCCUGACAACACAUACGAGCUCACGACAGACAACAUGCUGAAGAUCCUGGCCAUCGAGAUGCGCUUCCGGAGCGGAAUCCCCGUCAUCAUCAUGGGGGAGACCGGCUGCGGGAAGACCCGGCUAAUCCGGUUCCUCAGCGACCUGCAGCGCGGGGCCUCCAAGGCCAAGACCCUGCAGCUGGUCAAGGUCCACGGCGGGAUGAGCGCGGACAUGAUCUACAACAAAGUCAAGGCGGCAGAGGCCCUCGCCCAACUCAACAAGAGCAAAUACGGGCUCAACACCAUCCUAUUCUUUGACGAGGCCAACACCACGGGCGCCAUCAGCUGCAUCAAGGAGGUCCUGUGUGACCACAUGGUAGGCGGGCGGCCGCUGGUGGAGGACUCGGGCCUCCACGUCAUCGCGGCCUGCAAUCCUUACCGGAAGCACUCCCCAGAGAUGAUCGCCCGCCUGGAGGCGGCCGGGCUGGGCUACCGGGUGCGUGCAGAGGAGACGGUCGACCGGCUGGGCUCCAUCCCUCUGCGGCAGCUGGUGUACCGUGUCCAUGCACUGCCUCCGAGCCUGCUGCCCCUAGUGUGGGACUUCGGACAGCUGAACAACACCACAGAAAGGAUGUACAUCCAGCAGAUCGUGCGGAGGCUGGUGGACACCACCACAAUUGGCCCAGACAAGACAUGCGUGAUCACCAACGUGCUUUACGCCUCCCAGUGCUUCAUGCGGAGAGGAGAGAAUGAGUGCAGUUUCGUUAGCCUCCGGGAUGUGGAGCGCUGCAUGAGAGUCUUCUGGUGGUUCUACGACCACAGCAAGAUGCUUCUGUCCAAGCUGGACACCUUUCACAGCAAGCCUGGCGACAGCCCCGACAACUCCAAGAGAGACCCCGUGCUCUGGUCCCUGGUGCUGGCCGUUGGGGUGUGUUACCAUGCCUCCCUGGAGAAGCAGGACGAGUACCGCAGAGCCAUCUGUAAGCUCCUCCCGCCGCCCUACGACAACAGCAAGACCAUACUGGAUGCGAUUGCGCGAACGCAAGACCUCUUCCUGGAGAGCGUAUCUCUGAGGAAAACCAUCGCCAAGAACUUAGCCUUGAAGGAGAACUUCUUCAUGAUGGUCAUCUGCAUCGAGCUGAAGAUCCCACUCUUCUUGGUGGGGAAGCCUGGCAGCUCCAAAUCUCUCGCUAAGACCAUCAUGGCAGAUGCCAUGCAAGGCCCAGCUGCCCCCUCGGAGCUCUUCCGGAGCCUGAAGCAGGUCUACCUGGUGUCGUUCCAGUGCAGCCCGCACUCCACCCCGCAGGGCAUCGUGGGCACCUUCAAGCACUGCGCCCGCCUGCAGCAGGGCCGGGACCUGGAGCAGUACGUCUCCGUGGUGGUGCUGGACGAGGUGGGCCUGGCCGAGGACUCGCCCCAGAUGCCCCUCAAGGCCCUGCACCCGCUGCUGGAAGACGGGUGCAUCGAAGACGACCCCGCCCCCCACAAGAAGGUGGGCUUCAUCGGCAUCUCCAACUGGGCCCUGGACCCCGCCAAGAUGAACCGGGGCAUUUUCGUGUCCCGCGGCAGCCCCAGCCAGAGGGAGCUCAUCGGGAGCGCCCGGGGGAUCUGCGCGUCCGAGCCCCUCGUGCAAGAGAGAAUCCAAGCGUACUUCCGGCCCUUGGCCAGCGCCUACGAGGCGGUGUGUGCCAAGCAGGACAAGGAGUUCUUCGGGCUCCGAGACUACUACAACCUCAUCAAAAUGGUCUUCGCUGCCGCAAAAGCUUCUAACAGGACACUCUUCCCGCAAGAUAUUGCACAGGCCAUCCUUCGGAACUUCAGUGGCAAAGACGAGAUCCAGGCCCUGGACAUUUUCUCUGAGCACUUGCCCGAGGUGAAGCUCACCACGGAGGUCAGCACCCUGCAGCUGAUCCAGCAGAACCUGUUCGGGGACCUUCCAAGGGCGCCAGGCACGGGGCCAGAGGACUCGGAGUCCCGCUACCUGCUGGUGCUGACCAGGAACUACGUGGCCCUGCAGAUCCUGCAGCGGAUGCUCUUCGCCAAGGACCAGCAGCCAGAAAUCAUUUUCGGAUCCAGUUUCCCCCGGGACCAGGAGUACACACAGAUCUGCCGGAACAUCAACCGCGUGAAAAUCUGCAUGGAGACAGGCAAAAUGGUGGUGCUGCUCAACCUGCAGAACCUCUACGAGAGCCUCUAUGAUGCCCUCAACCAGUACUACGUCUACCUUGGGGGCCAGAAGUACGUGGACCUUGGCCUGGGGACCCACCGGGUCAAGUGCCGGGUCCACCCUGACUUCCGCCUCAUCGUCAUCGAGGAGAAGGACGUCGUCUGCCAGCAAUUCCCCACUCCCCUCAUCAACCGGCUGGAGAAGCACUACCUGGACCUCAACACUGUCCUGGAGAAGUGGCAGAAGGACCUUGUGCAGGAGCUCAAGGGCUGGGUGGACAAAUUCAUCGACUUCAAGGCAGUGCAGGUUCCUGCCCGGCAUACCCGGUAUAGCCCUCCUGACAUCUUCAUCGGCUAUCACGCAGACACCUGUGCCUCGGUGGUGCUCCAGGUCAUCGAGAGGGUUGGGCCUGGGGCCCCGAGCCACGAGUGUUACCAUAAGGUCCUGGAGGACGCCAAGCUGGUGCUGCUGAACUGUGCCACACCCGAUGCUGUGGUCCGGCUCAGCACCUCCCCCCUGGGCCAGUUUGCUGCACAGUCCCUGUCCCGAGAAUACUAUUAUGGGCAGCAGCACAACUCCUUUGCAGACUUCCUGCAGGCUCACCUCCAUGGGCCGAGUCCGGAGCACCAUGCCUUCUUCACAGAGAUUACUACUUUCUCCAGACUGCUCACCAGUCACGACUGUGAGAUGUUGGAAUCGGAAGUGAACGACAGGGCUCUGAAACCCAUGAUCCUGUCACUGCAGCAGUUUGACACCGAGCACUCAUUCCUCAAAGAAGUUCGAAACUGUUUGACAAGCACAGCCACACGUAAGAUCCUCAUCAUCCAGACAGAUUUUGAGGACGGUGUUCACAGUGCCCAGCUCAUCGCCUCGGCUAAACAUUCUGCUAUAAAUGAAAUCAACAAGAUACAAGGAAAUAAUGCCUGCAUCUUUGUCUAUUUCAUCACAAAACUGUCCCGGAUGGAAAGUGGAACGUCCUAUGUGGGAUUUCACGGAGGGCUGUGGCAGUCCGUGCACAUCGAUGACCUCCAGAGAUCCACGACUAUGGUCUCCGAUGUGAUGCAGCUGCAGGAUGUGACCAUCAGCCAGCUAUUUGACCCUGAGUUGCCUGUGGCCUGUGCCACUUUCUGUUCCUACAUCGGCCUCAGAGCAUGGGACCCAAGCAGAGGACCCCUGAGGGGUGGACCUGAGGCUGAGCUGUGUGCCUGGGCCUCUCCUUGGGAGCCACUGCAGUCAGGAGCCAGGAAACAGCUCACGGGCAUAGCGCCAGCACCCAAUAGUCAGUGGCUGGACGGUGUUGCUUCUGUUGCAGCCGAGGUGGGAUUCGAGGCCAGACAUGGCCAAGAGGAGGCGAUGGGAGUGGAGACCAAUGAACCAGGGCCCAUGGCUGCUGUGGACAUGGAGACAGUGGACAUGGAGAUGGACAGUCCAAAGGCCCAGAGAGGCCACACGCGGGCCCUGGACUGUGACAGCCUUCUGCGCAGCUGCGUCCAGAGCGCGGUGGGCCUCCUGCAGGACCCAAGCGAGCGCAGCCAGCGCAACGUGAGGCGCGUGGAGAUCCUGCUCGGCCUCCUCAGUGAGGACGCAGGCAACGCGUGCAAAGCCUCCUUCUCACGGGUGGCCAAGGUGCGCAUCCAUGACCUGCUGCGGCAGCAGGAGGAGAGCUAUAUGUUCAGCAGGAAGGAGUGGGUUGUGCAGGAGGCCUCCAACCCUGACGCCCUGCAGGAGGCAGGCACCUUCAGGCACGCCCUCUGGAAGCGGAUCCAGGGCGUGGUGACCCCUCUCCUGGCCAGCAUGGUGUCCGUCAUCGACAGAGACAGCAACCUGGAGCUGCUGGCCAAGCCUGACGCUCCAGCCUGGACACAAGAGCUUUGGAUGUUUAUUUUCAAUGAUGUUAACCUGCUGAACAUCCCUCUCGUGACGAAGGAUGCCAGGUCCAAGAGCGACAUGGCCCACAUCCUGAUGCAGAACCACACACACGGCCUGGAGGGGGUCUGCGGUGCCGUCCCUUUCAGCUGGCGCAUCCGGGACUAUGUGGAGGAGCUGUGGGUGCAGGCACAGUACAUCUCCAAGGCCACAGGACCGGGACCGGUAGGGAAGCUGGUGGAGAUCUUCCGGCAGACCCCGCUGGGCCACUUCCUCGCCCGGCUGCGUGCAGAGGAGCGGCAGGAGCUGCUGCGGGCCUACCUGAGGGACUUCCUGCUCCUGACCGUGCAGGUGUCCACGUGGCCAGAACUGGAGUUCCUGCAGAUGGCUCUGUGGUCCUGCGUCCAACAGCUGAGGGUGGGGAGCCCUAAACAGGAGCUCUCCCUCCCGUGGGUGCACUGGGCCUACCAGCAUUUCAGGGUCCGGCUCCAGAACUUCUCCAGAAUCUUGACUAUCUACCCCCCAGUUCUAGACAGCCUGGCAGCAGCUGCCCGGAGGCAGGACUUGGCUGGACCUGAGAUGACCCUGGACGCCUGGGCAGCCCUGGCCUGCACAGAGCUGCUGACCAGGGACCUCCUGAAGCCCAGCCCCCAGGCGUGGCUGCGGGCGGUGAAGAGCCUGGCGGUGCCCCUGCAGUUGCUCUGCUCUGAGGGCUACGUGCAGGGCCCGGGGCGCAGGGCCAGCGGCCUCAUCGGAGAAGUCAGAGGCCAGUGGACUCGCAUCUUCUCUGUUGCGCUCUUCGUGGAGCACGUGCUCCUGGGGACUGAGGACCACUCGCCCGAGCUGCACACGCUGCUGACGGAUUAUGUCUUCUCUCUGGACAAGUGUCUGCAGGAGAACUCAGACAUCAAGACCCUCCGCCCGUUCUCGGCGGUGAUGGCCCUUCUCCGUGAGUGUAAGGACCGGGCCAGCAAGACCUUCACCCGGUUCGGGGUCCAGUCAUGCCCCGUCUGCCUGGGUGACCCACGCAGCCCGGUCUGCCUGCCCUGCGACCACGUGUUCUGCCUGGACUGCAUCAGGCAGUGGCUCACCCCCGGGCAGAUGACCUGCCCCCUGUGCCUCACGGAGCUGCCCGACGGCUUCUCCCCCACAGUUUCCCAGGAGACGAGGGUUGCCAUUGAGCAGCACGGCCGCUUCCGCCACUUGUGCACCAGCUUCUUCGUGGACCUGGUGUCCACCCUGUGCUUCAAAGACAACUGCCCCCCAAGCAGGGACGUGGUCCAGGAACUGCUGUCCCUGCUCUUCGUGGAGAAGACACUGCUCAGAGAUGCACCCCAAAGGCACUGUGAACACACCAAGUCCCUGUCCCCGUUUGACGACGUCGUGGACAAGACGCCCGUCAUCCGCUCGGUGGUCCUGAAACUGCUCCUGAAGUACAGCUUCCCUGAGGUGAAGGACUGCAUUCAGGACCACCUAUCCCAGCUGGAGCAGAAGCCGUUCCUGGCUGAGGACAAGACGGAGCUCUACGUGCUCUUCAGCAGCUGCCUGGAGGAUUCGAUCCAUGAGAAGAACAGCGCGCUCCCUGCCCAGGGUGACUCCACUUACCUCCAGGAGGACGGCCAGUUCCUUGGGGAGUGUCUGCCCAGGUGCAGUAGGGACCCCGCCCUGGAGGCCUCUAUUGAGUACCUCCAGGAGACAGCCCGGAUCCGCCUCUGCCUAGACCGGGCCUGCGAGGUCCUCUCCAAGCUGCGGGAAGGCUCAGAGCUGGCGGAGGAGCAGCGGCAGUUCCUGCUGCAGCUGGAGCGCUUCUGCUCGCAGAGCGGGAAUGACUGGUACCGCGUGUACUUGGUGCGCAGGCUCGUGAGCCGCCAGGGCAUGGAGUUUGUGCAGAGCUUCCUGCAGCCAGACCACCCCGCCCAGUGGGUGUUCCCCCAGGAAGUCCAGGCGCAGCAGAACCCUGUGCUCCCGGGAUUGCAGGAGGACCUUCUGGGCCAGAUGGACCGCUAUCUGGUGCAUGGGCAGGAGUACAAGGCCGUCCGUGAUGCAGUGGGCAAGGCCAUCCUGGAGUGCAAGCCCCAGGCCAUCGCAGCUGCCCUGGAGGCCUGCAGGGGCUCCCAGACUCACCAGGCCAUAUACCUGCUGCUGGCGCUCUUCCGUGAGGUGACCACGCUGUACAGGUCCCAAAACGCCCACCUGCAUCCCAAGCCAGAGGAACUCAAGGCCCUUGGCAAGUUCAUCGAAGAAAGCCAGACCCUGUCCCCAGACACGAGAGAUUUUGCGACAGGCCUUGUGACCAACGCUCUGCCGCUGCUGAGGACCGCGGGGCCCGGAGACGGCGGCCUGGCGGGCAUGGUGACCGAGCUGGCCGUUCACACCGCCGCCACCCUCCUCUGCGGGCAGCACAGGGUCUUGGAGCCCCUCAGGAACUUGGCCUUCUCCCCAGACUCCAUGGCGAGGGCAUUUCUCCCGACGAUGCCCCAGGACAUGCUGGCGCAGGCCAGGAGCUGGGAGGGUCUGGAACACGUCCAGUGGUACAUGUGUCCUAGAGGUCACCCGUGCAGUGUCGGGGAGUGCGGCCAGCCCAUGGAGCAGAGUUUCUGUAUCGACUGCCGUGCUCCUGUCGGAGGGCGGAACCACAAACCCAACGAAGGAUUCACGGUCGUAAAAAACAAGGAAGACAGAACACAGACUGGCCACGUGCUGGGAAGCCCACCCCCCAGUGAUGAGGUGGUGCUUUCUGACCGAGAGCUGUCCCCGGUGGUCUUUCUUCUCGCCCGGCUCCUCACUCACCUGGCUAUGCUUUUGGGUGCAGCCCACAGCCCCAAGGCUCUGAUUGACAUCAUCAAGCCCGCAGUGAGGGAUCCAAGUGCGUUCCUCCAGCAGCACAUCCAGAGGGACCUGCAGCAGCUGAUGCAGAUGCUGGGCAAGAGCGCUGAUGAUACGGCCCAGGUGGCGCACCUCGUCCUGUGCAUCCUGUUCAAGCAGCAGCCCCUUUUACCCAAGAGGUUUUUCAAUUUUAAUGAAAACUUGUCAACCAAAGAAGAGAGAAAUUCCUGGGAAAAACUCUUGGAGGCCAUCAUGCUGCCCGAACUGGAGCAUCUGGAUAAAACCCUCCUAGAGGUGAACAAUCUCGUCAGCCGCGACAAGCAUGUCCAAUCCAACCUGGUGGCCAGGAUCGUGUUCGAGGACCCGGCCACCUUCCUGCACCGCCUGCCCCGGGGCAGCGCAGUCCACUGCUCAAAGAUGUGGAGCUGCCGCACCAGGAUCACUGUGGAGCACCUCCGGCACGUCGUGGAGCAGAAAAACGGCCAGGAGACUGUGCCAGUCCUCUGGAGGUUCCUGCAGAAGGAAGCAGAGCUGAGACUGGUGAAGUUCUUGCCUGAGAUUCUGGCCCUGCAGAGGGAUCUGGUGGAACGAUUCCAGAAUGUUCCAGAAGCUGAGUACCAGUCCAUCAGAGGUUUCAUUGACAGUCACAGCUCAGGGGGCCUGAAGCAGCUGCUCCACAGCCGCAUCACGAUGUUUCUGUCCACGUGGAACAAGCUGAGGAGGUCUCUGGAGACUCGCGGGGAGAUCAAGCUGCCUGCAGACUACUGCUGUGCCGACCGGGACCUGGACACAGAGUUUGAGGUCAUUCUGCCCCGUCGCCAGGGCCUGGGCCUCUGCGCCACAGCACUGGUCAGCUACCUGAUCGGCCUGCACAACGAGAUGGUCUAUGCGGUGGAGAAGUUCUCCAAGGAGGAGCACAGCUACUCCGUGGACGCCUCCGAGGUGGCCGACCUGCACGUCAUCAGCUACGAGGUGGAGCGGGACCUGACCCCGCUGAUCCUCUCCAACUGCCAGUACCAAGUGGUGCAGGGCGGCGAGAGCCUGCAGGAGCUGGACCUGGAGCGGAUCCAGCGCCAGGUCAUCGGCCGCUUCCUCCAGGGCAAACCCAGGCUGAGACUUAGGGGCCUCCCCACGCUGGUGUACAGGCAAGACUGGAACUAUGAGCACCUGUUCGCCGCCAUCCGGAGCAGGAUGCCCCAGAGCCCCCUCCCCCACUCGGCCACCAGCGCCCUGGGCAGGCAGCUGCAGUCCCACAGCGACACCUGCGAAGCUCUGUCCCUCGUGGAAGUCACGCUGGGGUUUCUGAGCACAGCUGGCGAGGACCCGAACAUGGACCUGAACGUGUACCUGCAGGACAAGCUGCGCAUGGGCGACCAGACCGAGCAGGUGGUAAAGGCCUUACACCGAUGUCAGCUCCAGCACAUCAUCGCCCUCUGGCAGCUCCUCUCAGCCCACAAGUCUGAGCAGCUGCUGCGCCUGCAGAAAGAGCCCUUCAGGGAGAUCAGUGCCAAGUACCGAGUGGAACUCAGCCCGGAAAGCACCAAGCACCUGCACACAUUCCUGAACCAGAGCUCCCUGGACACCUUCCUCCUGGAGCUCCACGAAAUGAUCCUCUUGAAACUGAAGAACCCCCAAACCGAGGCCACCUUCAACCCCGACUGGAGCCUGAGAGACACUCUAGUCAGUUACAUGGAGACUAGCAGGGAUGACGUUCUCCCCGAGAUGGAGUCUCUGUUCCCGGAGGAGAUACUGCUCUGCCACUGCAUCUCCGCGUGGAAAACAGCAGCCGAGCUGAAAUGGGCACGACAGACGAGAUAGAGCCACUGCCUGCGCACCACUCUACUCCUCCCCCACCCAUGGCUGGCGCUGGGACUAGGCCUCAGGACCUGAGCCCCACACUCUCCAGGUGGUGACCACUGGUCCCUGAGGUGGGACGGAGCAGGACACGGGCCUCACGUUCCAGGGGAGCAGAUGGGAACAGUCUGUCUCAGGCCUCUAGGCCCCUGAUGGUCACAUCCCCAGCCACCAGGCCCUUCCUCUGACUACAUGUCAGAGCGGGGGAAAUGGCGUUACACAUUUUUGUUUUUUUUCCUAAUAUGUUUUGCACUCGUGGAAGAGAAUCUGGCUUCCUUCCUUCCUCCUUUCCUGCUGAGUUCUUGCUUACACUAACCACUCUGGGGUAAUUAGAGAAAGUUUAAGUCAGUUAAGGAAACGGCUGGCGGACAGAGAAGAGGCCAGUAAGGCAGAGGGGAACUGGUAUGAGAAUCUGUUCUCCUGGUCCCCCUGGCUCACAACCCUCCUAUCCACUGUGGCAGGGCCCCUCCUCUCUGUCAAACUCAUGGUCCUGCACACCCAGUACUCUCAGCUAGUAGAUACUAGCGACGAGUCCAGGGUCUGAAUUCAUCUCCUAAGACCAGUAGAGAGUGUGAUGAAUUGAACGUCAGUAGAAAAUUUUCAAAUCUGUUCCCCAGCUGUGCCCCAGUUAGAGUUCUCUGUAAACUGACAAGAGAUCAAGGAUGUGGUCAAGGUUGGGUAACCAGACAUAACACCAAGUUUCCUACUUCCUGACAUCUGUGCGUCAAGGCCCUGAUUAGACCCUUGCAACUGUACCCAAGGACGUUUGUGGUUUCUGUGAAUCAAAGCUUGCCUAGCACCAAGGUCGGGGCUGCUGCAGGAGGAGAGCUCCCUGCGUGGAGACGCCUGUGGCAGUCGCUGGCCAGCUCAAUAAACCCUCGCUUGCUGCU